AUGUUUCCUUCCAAGCAAAAUCCCGCGGAUUGUGCCUCACGUGGCCUCUCAGCGGAGGACUUGUCAACCUUUUCCCUUUGGUGGGAGGGUCCCACUUGGCUGCGAGAUUCACCGGAGACAUGGCCUCGACGAAAUUGUGGUCUGGAAACUACCGAAGAGUCUCGUAUAGUUUCUCAUCUGAUCAACAAUAACCUCGAACCUGAUUGGCAAUCACAACUGAUGUCUCACUAUUCAUCUUGGGCACAUUUAUUGCGUGUGACUGCUCACAUUUUACGAGCUAUUCAAGCCUUUAAACGCCAAAUUUUGUUUUCGAAUCAAGUGACGGCUACCGAAAUCAACAAUGCCGCUUUAUUUUGGGUUAAAUACAUUCAAGAAAAUUCUUUUGCUCACGAAAUUCAGUGUCUUAAGGAAGGAAAACCAAUUCCUUCAAGUUCUCGCAUACAAAAGUUCUCACCCUUUCUCGAAGACAAUGGUAUCCUUAGAUUGGGCGGACGACUACGCCAGUCCAAGUUAUUGACUUACCAAAACCCACCAGCUAUUCUACCUAAUCAUCCGAUUUCCUUUUUAAUUUUGACACAAUUGCACAAAAAUUUAUUACACGGAGGAGUUCAGUUGACUCUUUAUAUAGCUCGCACUCAAUAUUGGAUUAUUGGUGCGCGAAAUUUCAUUAAAGGAAUUAUCAGGAAAUGUGUCACUUGCGUGAGAGACAAGGCGCGUGUUGAAAACCAACUUAUGGGAGAUUUACCUAGUGCUAGAAUAUCUCCUUCUCGUCCUUUCUCUCAUACCGGAAUUGAUUACGCGGGUCCAUUUUUGGUCCGCUCUAGUUCGGGUCGCGAAGCCAAGUCACAUAAGGCUUGGAUCGCUGUUUUUGUUUGUUUUUCUGUUAAAGCCAUACAUUUGGAGCUUGUUGACGAUUAUACGUCAGCUGCUUUUCUCGCAGCUUUGAGACGCUUUACCUCACGUCGGGGUUUGUCAACAGAUAUUUAUAGUGACAAUGGCACAAAUUUUCGCGGUGCUCAUCGCGAAUUGUCACAUACAUUUAAGCUCAUUAUGAAAGAUCCGACGAUUGCUUCUCACAUGGCCUCAGACGGAAUCACGUGUCACUUCAUGCCUCCGUCUGCGCCGCAUUUUGGAGGUCUGUGGGAAGCUGGCGUAAAAAAUGUAAAAUUUCAUUUGCGUAGAUUAUUGUCAAACGCUACUCCGACUUCCGAAGAAUUAACGACUUUACUUUGUCAAAUCGAAUGCUGCUUAAAUUCUCGACCUAUCCUUAAUAAGAAAUCUCUAAAGAGUAACGUAACGCGUAUCCCAUUGGUCGGAUCUUGA